UUGUCGAUAGGAGAUCAACAGGUGCCAAUGGACCUUUCUUCAAACUCCAUUCCUCUCUCUCUCUUCCUAGCCUUCGUUUUAGCUUUGUUGAUGCAAUGGAAGCGGCCCAAUGCAGCAGCCCAGAAGCAGAAGCUGCCACCAUCUCCAUGGAAGCUUCCUUUCAUUGGAAACUUGCAUCAUUUGGUGGGUUCACUACCACAUCAUGCCCUCAGAAAAUUAGCUCAGAAACAUGGACCUUUAAUGCACCUACAGCUCGGUGAGCUGUCCGCUAUUGUGGUAUCAUCACCUCGUAUGGCGGAAGAGGUUAUGAAAACUCACGACCUUGCCUUUGCAGACAGGGCUGUAUCCCAAGCAACCAGGAUCGUAGUGUAUGGCGCUUCAGACAUUGCUUUUGCCCCAUAUGGUGAUUACUGGAGACAGAUGCACAAAAUUUGCACCCAGGAACUCCUCAGUGCCAGAACUGUCCAAUCUUUCAGCCCCAUUCGCCAGGCCGAGGCUUCGCGGCUCGUUUCAUCUAUUCAGGCUCUGGCUGGUGGUAAAGAACCAAUCAAUAUAGCAGAAAAGUUGUACAUGUAUUCCAGUUCCAUGAUUCGCAGAUCAGCAUUUGGCAAAGUAAGCAGAGAUGACCAGAAUGCUUUCGUGCUGAUAAUCAAGGACGGAGUCGCUGCAAAAGGCAUGGAGAUUGCUGAUCUAUUCCCAUCCUAUAAGUUUCUUCAUUUCUUUAGUGUGGUGAAGAUUAAACUGGAAAAGUGGAUGCAAAAGCAGGACAAAGUUUUGAGCAACAUACUUCGUCAGCAUAUUCGCGACUUUGCAACUAAAAAAUCGUCCACUGGUGGUGAAUUUGGCCAAGAAGAUCUGAUUGACGUCCUGCUACGAGUAAGAGAAAGUGGUGGCCUUCAAUGUCAAAUGACAGACGAUAACAUCAAAGCUGUCAUAGUGAGCUUUUGAACGCAUCAAAAUUCAGAAGGGCAUGUAUUCUAAAUAAUGUUCCUCAAGAAAGUCACAGCAGCCAAAUGGAAGUGUUGGUAUACUUGCAAUGAAUAGAAACAAUUAGUUGAUGGCUCAGUGGGCGCUUAAGGAGUUCAGUGGAUGGAAUAGCCUGAUGGAUAAUGCUGUGGCUCUCAAACUUGCCAUGAUCAAAGCAAAGGGAACAACAGUGGAGGAGGAUUGAAGCAGAAAUCCCACAGAAACGACUGAUGAAGAUGAUAGAAACCAGCAAGACUAGGGAUAUGAGACUGUUUUCCCACCUAAAGGAUAUCAACGAUCUAAGCUCAAUGUUUGUGAGAUGCUCAUUUGUUGUAGCUAGGAGUGAUGAUACUAGUGUUAGAACAACUAACUUUUGUGAUGAUGCAUUAAGCAUGCCUUUUGAUGA